GAGGAGCUGCCGCUGCCCCUGGAGCACUUUCUGCAGAGGAUGGCCCGGAGACCCCGGCCCCAGCAGUUCUUCGGCCUCAUGGGCAAGCGGGAUGCCGGAUAUGGCCAGAUCUCUCACAAAAGAUCCUCUGAAAGGAGCAUAGCACAGAAUUACGAACGGAGGCGUAAAUGA